GCAUUCAUCAUGAACACAAACACACUAGCUCACGUACCGUACACGACCAAUCAAAGGGUAGCAAACUGAUCACGCGAAAAGAAGAUACAAGUACGUGUGUGCAGCAUGGGGAGCAUUGGGUUCCCGGUGACGAGGACGAGCAGGUCGCUGGUGGGGCCGUCGUCGGAGACGCCGCGGGAGACGCUGCGGCUUUCGGUGAUCGACCGCGUGGCGGGGCUGCGCCACCUGGUGCGGUCGCUGCACGUGUUCGACGGCGCCGCGGCGCGCGCCGCCGAAGGCGUUGAGCCGCCGGCGAAGACGCUGCGGGAGGCGCUGGGGAAGGCGCUGGUGGACUACCACCCGUUCGCGGGGCGGUUCGUGGAGGAGGAGGGCGAGGCGCGGGUGGCGUGCACGGGGGAGGGCGCGUGGUUCGUGGAGGCGGUGGCCGCGUGCACCCUGGAGGAGGUGAAGCACCUGGACCACCCCAUGCUCAUCCCCAAGGAGGAGCUGCUGCCGGAGCCGGCGCCCGACGUGAACCCACUCGACAUGCCGCUCAUGAUGCAGGUGACGGAGUUCACAUGCGGCGGCUUCGUGGUGGGUCUGAUAUCCGUGCACACCAUCGCCGACGGCCUGGGCGCCGGGCAGUUCAUCAACGCCGUGGCGGACUACGCGCGCGGCCUGCCCAAGCCCCGCGUGACCCCGGUCUGGGCGCGGGACCUCAUCCCGGACCCGCCCAAGAUGCCGGCGCCGCCGCCGCGGCUGGAGCUGCUGGACCUCCGCUACUUCACCGUGGACCUCAGCCCGGCCCACAUCGCCAAGGUCAAGUCCCGGUUCCUGGAGGCCACGGGCCAGCGCUGCUCCGCGUUCGAUGUGUGCGUCGCCAAGACCUGGCAGGCGCGCACCCGCGCGCUGAACCUCGAGGACGACGACCCCGCGCGGCCCGUGCACGCCUGCUUCUUCGCCAACACCCGCCACCUGCUCCCGGGCACGGCGGUGAGCGGGUUCUACGGCAACUGCUUCUACCCGGUGGCGGCGACGCGGGCCGCCGGCGAGGUGGCGCGCGCGGACGUGGUGGAGGUGGUGCGCACCAUCCGGGACGCCAAGGCGCGGCUGGCGUCCGACUUCGCGCGGUGGGCGGCGGGGGCGUUCGAGCGGGACCCCUACGAGCUGACCUUCACCUACGACUCGCUGUUCGUGUCGGAUUGGACGCGGCUGGGGUUCCUGGAGGCGGACUACGGGUGGGGCGCGCCGGCGCACGUGGUGCCCUUCUCGUACCACCCGUUCAUGGCCGUCGCCAUCAUCGGCGCGCCGCCCGCGCCCAAGGCCGGUGCGCGCGUCAUGACCAUGUGCGUCGAGGAGCGGCACCUACCCGAGUUCCAGGAACAGAUGAACGCGUUCGCCGCCGGAAACCAGUAACCCAUCUUGUCCGUCAUCAAGCACGUACUCGGAAUAUUAUUCUAGCUUGCUACUUAUAUGCGUGAGUGAAUUAAUGGAUUUGCGUGUAAUUUGGCUUUUAAAUUUGGCACUAAUAGCGUUGUAAUCCAUACUCGAUCGGACACGUGAACCAAGUACCUGCCCCCAAAAAUAUAAUGGCGGGUAGCUUUUAUAUUAUGCACCUUUAUAAUUUUUUAUUUCUA